CAGAGUGCAGGCGGCGGGCGGCGGAGCGAGGGUGGCCGCGACUCGAGGACGGUAAGGGCUGGAGUGUGGUCCUGUGCACAGCCUCGCGCGCCUGCCGAGCCGAGGAGCGCGAUGGCCGCGGCCCCGGAAGCGGAUGUCUGUGACAGACCCGGACGGCCCGCGGCCCCGCCCCGCGCGUUCGCUAGGCGACCUGCGCUUUCGGGGCUGUUUGUGGCCCGGCGCGCGGCCCGCGAGGGCUGAGGUGGCGACCGUGGCGGCCGAGCCGAGGCAUCGCGCGCCCGUGAAGGGCUCGCCGUUAGUGCUGUUGGGUGCCGGAAGUCGCGGCCUGGCUCCCCAAAACAGUCCUCGACUGCGCCCCGGCGACCUAACGGCUGCCGGCGCGCGUCCCGUCUCCAUGGCGACGGGCUUUCCUCGGCGAGGACCCCGGCGGCGGGGCUGCCCGGCGGCGCCUGCUCGGCGCGAUGCUUUCGCAGUCAGAGCGGUGGGCGGGCUGGGGCUUGCAGGGCUGCGUGGCUGCAGCGGAGCCGGCGGGCAGGCGGGCUUGGUCCGGAGUGCAGGGGACGCGGGCGGCCCGGCGGCGGGCUGGGCCCCGGGGCCUGCGGCGCGGGCGCUGAGCUGGCGGGGCGCUGAGCUGGCGGGGCGGGCCGGGGCGCGGGCGGCGGCGGCGGCUGUGGUAGCUCCUCCUCCUCCGGCUGCAGGCCGGCCGGUGGCACAGCAGUUAAGUGUGCACGUUCCGCUUCAGCGACCUGGGGUUCAGCGGCAUGGGGUUUACCAGUUCACGUCACAGCUAACUGGAAUAGCACAGAUAUAUGUGCCUCUCAAUCCACAUACUACCUGGUUAAUAACUAAAAUUUAUGUAAGACAGAAGAGAAAGAUGUCAUUCCGUAAAGUAAACAUCAUCAUCCUGGUCCUGGCCGUUGCUCUCUUCUUACUGGUUUUGCACCAUAACUUCCUUGGCCUGAGCAGUUUGCUAAAGAACGAGGUUUCAGAGGCCGUAGAGGAGCCUCCUUGGGCUGCUGUCUGCUCACAUUUCAGCUGGGCAGGGCUUCAGAAGGUGGGGACAGAUUCAGGAAUUGUGGGGCUUCAGCCCAUAGACUUUGUCCCAAAUAUUCCCCGACAUGUGGUAGACGGGAGACAAGAGGAGAUUCCAGUGGUCAUUGCUGCAUCUGAAGAUAGGCUCGGGGGGGCCAUUGCAGCCAUAAACAGCAUUCAGCACAACACUCGCUCCAGUGUGAUUUUCUACAUUGUUACACUCAACGGUACAGCAGACCAUCUCCGGUCCUGGCUCAGCAGCAGUACCCUGAAAAGCAUCAGGUACAAAAUUGUGAAUUUUGACACUAAACUUUUGGAAGGGAAAGUAAAGGAGGAUCCUGACCAGGGGGAAUCCAUAAAACCAUUAACCUUUGCAAGGUUCUACCUGCCAAUUCUGGUUCCCAGUGCAAAGAAGGCCAUAUAUAUGGAUGAUGAUGUAAUUGUGCAAGGUGAUAUUCUCGCCCUCUACAACACACCACUCAAGCCAGGACAUGCAGCUGCAUUUUCAGAAGACUGUGAUUCAACUUCUACUAAAGUUGUCAUCCGUGGAGCAGGGAACCAGUACAAUUACAUUGGAUAUCUUGACUAUAAAAAGGAAAGAAUUCGUAAGCUUUCCAUGAAAGCCAGCACCUGCUCAUUUAAUCCUGGAGUUUUUGUUGCAAACUUGACAGAAUGGAAAAGACAGAAUAUAACCAACCAGCUGGAAAAAUGGAUGAAACUCAAUGUAGAAGAGGGAUUGUAUAGCAGAACACUGGCUGGCAGCAUCACAACACCUCCACUGCUGAUUGUAUUUUAUCAACAGCACUCCACCAUUGACCCAAUGUGGAAUGUCCGCCAUCUUGGUUCCAGUGCUGGAAAAAGAUAUUCACCCCAGUUUGUAAAGGCUGCCAAGUUACUUCAUUGGAAUGGGCAUUUUAAGCCAUGGGGAAGAACUGCUUCAUACACUGAUGUCUGGGAAAAAUGGUAUAUUCCAGACCCAACAGGCAAAUUCAGCCUAAUCCGAAGACAUACGGAGAUCUCAAAUAUAAAGUAAAAUAUAAUUUAUGCAAUAAGCAUUUCUCAGGAAAUCCUAGAAGACGGUAUGUGUGGGAAGUAACAGUUGCUAGACUCCAGUGCCUAUCUACAGCAACCCAUGGAAAAAGGGGCAUUUCAGCUGGGUAAAGAGGACAAACUGCUCCAUCUGGCAGUCAGCUUCCCAGACAGACUAUAAAUAUGUCUCCAUCUGCCUUACCAAGCGUUUGCUUACUACCGUGCUGAAUGACCAGAGGUGAAUGGACUGAUACGGCUGGUACAGCUAGUUCAACACUACUGCUUGGUUUUAAUUUUGUAACCUGUGGCCUGAUCUAUAAAUAAAGUGCUACUUACAUUUUCAA